AAUAGCAGUGUGAAAGACAAGCAUGCUGUCCCAGUGACUCUGCAGAAGACAACGUGUCCCCCAUUUUAGACAGCCGCAACAAAAUAGACUGCCUUCUAAGAAAGUUCUGUGAAUAAUGUAUGAUUUCUGCUUUCAUUCGCAGGCAGGUAAACACUGAAAACAUCUGUCGGUUGGCCCUGAAUGCAUUAAGGCCAUAGGUCAGAGUGUCGUCAUGGUGCGUAAUGUAGAUGACCUAGACUUCUGCCUCUCUUCCCAUCCGCAGAGCAUCUUGGAGGGCUUGCGCUCCCUCUGUUCUCAACCCAAACUUGUGGAUGUCACCUUGUGCGCUGGUGGACAGGAUUUCCCCUGUCACCGGGGAAUCCUUGCACUCUGCAGCCAUUACUUCCGUUCCAUGUUUUCAGGAGAUUUCGUGGAGAGCAUUGCUGCUCGUGUCGAGCUUCAUGAUGUAGAUCCGAAUGUAUUGUCAACACUGUUGGACUUUGCUUAUACAGGGAAACUCACCAUCAACAAAAACAAUGUGGAGGGACUCAUCUGCACGUCCAGCCAGCUCCAGUUCCACACCGUCCGUACUGUAUGCAGCCGAUAUUUGCAGCACCAGAUAGAUGCCACAAACUGCUUGGGAAUCCAUGAGUUUGGAGAGAUCCAUGGAUGCCCUGAAGUGGUUGCCAAAGCCUGGGGCUUCCUCCUUGAAAACUUUGAGGCAGUGCAACAACACGAGGAGUUUUUGCUGCUGGAGAAAGACAGGCUGGUGGCCUGCUUGAAGGAUGAGGAUCUGCACGUAAGAGAUGAUCGGUCCUGUGCCGAGGCAAUUUUGGCUUGGGUCAGGCAUUGUAUAGAAAAUCGGAUCUGUCACCUGCGAGAACUGUUAAGCUUGGCUAAGCUUUCCCUCCUCCCAGAAUCCUACCUAACUGAGAACUUGCUUAAAGAGCCAUUGGUGCAGAACUCGCUAGAAUCCAAAGAGUUGGUGGAGAGAAUAUGUAGAGAGAAACGAGAAAAGACAGGAGAUGUGUCAGAGCAGAGGGUUACUCAAAAUGCCCUCAACCUGCAGGAGGUUUUAUUUGUGAUGGGUGGUCGCUCGCUGGAUGACUCAGAUGAUGAAGAUGAGGAUGAAGAUGAAGAUAGAAGGUUGCACCCCAGAAAUUGUGGUUUCUACAACCCAAAGCUUGGGCAGUGGUUUCAGCUACCUGAUUUUCCCAACUACAAUAAAUGGGGUUAUUCUGUUGUCUCCUUAAACAGUAAUGUGUAUGUCACAGGAGGAUCAAGAGGGUCUCAGUCCAACACCUGGUCCACCACAGAGACCUGGAAGUUCAUCACUCGUGAGGGGAAGUGGGUCACAGUCGCCCCAAUGUUGCGGCCCAGGACUAACCACUCUUCUGCAACACUUAAUGGAGAGAUUUAUGUAAUUGGUGGAACUACAAUGGAUUUUGUCGAAGUUGAACAUUAUGACCCAUUCAGUAAUUGCUGGACUCUCACAGGCCCAGCACUGAAGUACGUGACUAACUUUACGGCCACAUCGUGUGAAGGAAAGCUGUACCUCAUUGGUUCUUGUGCUGUUAAAUAUAACGCCCUGACUAUGCAGUGCUACAACCCUGUCAUCGACAGCUGGUGUAUCAUCUGCUCACCUUUCAUUCCUAAAUAUCUUUCUUCUCCCCGCUCUGUCUCUAUGGAUGGAGUCAUUUACCUCGUAGCAGAUAACACCAAAAAGGUCUAUUUGUAUGACCCAGAGGGUAAUAUGUGGGAAAAAAUUCAGUUUAUGCACACUCUACAUGAGAAUGGGGAUUUGGUGGUUCUAGGCAGGCAGUUGUUUGUGACUGGAGGGCACUGGAAAGGCAUGGAGGGGGAUUACGGUGUGGAAGUGGAAGUAUACAACCGUGCCUCCAACACUUGGAAGGUGGAGUGCUUUCUUCCCAGACUCUGGACCUACAGUGGCUGCUGUUCCAUCUUCCUGGACACUUCCCAGUGGACUGAAUUCUUCCCUGAUGAGACUUAAUAUCUGUCCUGUCCCCUCAAUCCCGACUUAAAAGGUUAGUUCACCCAAAAAUGAAAAUUAUAUCAUUUAUUACUCACCCUCGUGCCGUUCCACAUCCGUAAGACCUUCGUUCAUCUUUGGAACACAAAUUAAGAUAUUUUUUAUUAAGUCAGAGAGGUUUCUGUCUCUCCAUAGAGAUCUAAUGCAACUACCAAUCCAAGGUCCAGAAAGGUAGGAAAAAGACAUCAUUAAAGUCCUCCAUGUGACUCCAGUGGCUUAAACUCAAUUGAAGUAUUAGCAUGCGUGUUGUGCUGUUCAGACUUGCGCGUCAACUCAACGCACAUGCGUGAGUGUUCACGAGAGCUUCACGACACAUGCGUGUUGUGUUCACACGAGAGCUGGCAUUGUUACGUGAACAUGCUUUGGAUAAUAUUAUUUUGUUUUUUUUUUGUUUUUUUUUGCUUUUUGCACAAACAAAACACUCACGUGGCUUCAUAAAAUUGAGUUUAAGCCACUGGAGACACGUGGAGUAUUUUAUGAUGUAUUUUUCCUACCUUUCUGGACCUUGGAGUGGUAGUUGCGUUGGAUCUCUAUGGAGAGACAGAAACCUCUUAGACUUCAUCAAAAAUAUCUUAAUUUGUGUUCUGAAGAUGAACGAAGGUCUUAUGGAUGUGGAACGACAGGAGGGUGAGUAAUAAAUGACAGAAUGUUCAUUUUUGAGUGAACUAACCCUUUAAGCUUCGGGGCAAAAUGUCCCCUUUUCUCAGCCUGCUGGUGAUUUAUCAUUUAUAAAAUAAGAAUUACAUAAUCAGUUAAUAAUUAUUAACACAAUGUAAUUUGUUGUACUCCCAAGAUAAAAUCAAUUAUUGUUUUUAUUUGUGAAAAUUGUGUAGCUAUAUUGAGUUUUGUGUUUUUUGUUUUGUUAUAUGUAUUUGAUAAGGGAUAUGUUUUUUUGUUUUUUUUUCGUCUGUAAAUGUAGCUGUUCUUUGCCUUCAUAUGGCCAUUAAAACUCUUUGAAUUAAAUGGCCUUUAGGUUGAUAUUUUAAUAUAAUGGAUGAUUUUUUAAGCAUUUUUACCAGUUGUAUCACAUGCUACUUAUUUUGUCCAGUAAAAAUAAAUGUAAAAUUGUAAUUUUAA